CUUCUCUUGUGUCUGAUGACCAUUCUUUGUGUGGUUUUCAGUUAUAUUGACUAUUUGUUUCUGGGUGAUUACGUUGAUCGAGGACAGCACAGCUUGGAGACAAUCACUUUACUCCUAGCUCUAAAGAUUGAAUAUCCAGAGAAUGUACAUUUGAUAAGAGGGAAUCAUGAAGCUGCUGAUAUUAAUGCACUUUUUGGCUUCCGUAUUGAAUGCAUUGAGAGAAUGGGAGAAAGUGAUGGAAUCUGGGCAUGGACACGUUUCAAUCAACUUUUUAACUAUCUUCCACUGGCUGCCCUCAUCGAAAAGAAAAUCAUCUGCAUGCAUGGUGGCAUAGGGAGGUCAAUAAAUUCAGUUGAGCAGAUAGAGAAGAUAGAGAGGCCAAUAACAAUGGAUGCUGGUUCGAUAGUCCUAAUGGAUUUGCUAUGGUCUGAUCCCACAGAAAAUGACAGUGUAGAAGGAUUGAGACCUAAUGCCAGAGGACCUGGUCUUGUGACAUUUGGGCCUGAUCGUGUAACUGAAUUCUGCAAGAAAAACAAACUACAGCUGAUUAUUAGAGCACACGAGUGUGUCAUGGAUGGAUUUGAAAGAUUUGCCCAGGGGCAGCUGAUCACUCUUUUUUCUGCCACCAACUAUUGUGGAACUGCCAACAAUGCUGGUGCUAUACUAGUAGUAGGCAGAGGGUUGGUUAUUGUUCCAAAGUUGAUCCAUCCUUUGCCGCCUCCUCUUCUAUCCCCUGAAACGUCUCCAGAACGAGUCAUGGAUGACAAUUGGAUGCAGGAACUCAACAUUCAAAGACCGCCUACUCCUACUAGGGGCCGUCCACAACCAGAUCAUGACCGGAGCUCACUUGCCUAUAUUUGAUGCCCGGUCAUCUAUUCUGGAUAUUUCAAAUUGCUCUGUUGUGGAGUCGCAAAUACCAUUGCCGAUGCAUUCAUAAAUUGAUUAAAAAUGCAGCAGAUUGUCCAUGUAUAUCUCCGUAGUCUUCAAAAGCCCUGGUGUAUUCUAUAGAUGCCAUUCAGAAGGCAUCCAACAUUGUAAAAUAGCUGGAGAGGUAGAGGUUUAGCUGUUAAAAGAGUGAAAAGUUGAUUAUAGAUUAGUAUUAAUGCUGCCUGCUUAAACAGGGUUAUUUAUAGUGAAAGGGAAGUAUUGUUAGCAGAGUGCUAGGUGUUGUGAUGUAAAAAACUAGAGAUAUCUUAUUCUUAAACUUGAUCGUUAGUGUGGUUUCUCUAUAUAAUAACGUCUUCAAAUAA